UAAUAAAAUUUACCUUAGUAAAAUCCGCAAUAAACAAAGAAAUAUGGAAGUUAUGGCACGGAUUCAGCAGGCUUUGGUUGGGAAAGACAAGGAAUUUGGGGUUAGAGAUGUGAAAUAUGAAGUAUCAACUUACGCAUGAAAAUAUCGCUGCCUCUUGAUCAAAGAGGACGAAGAAACCAAGAAUGAGAGAACAGAGGCAAGGGGGGAUGAGAUGGGAAGAUUAGGAGUUGGGUUGACUAGAAAAGAAGCAACUAUGAAAAAUCUUAAUAAAAGAGAGCUCUAUCUUCACAUGCAAUUCGUUGACGAAGAUCACAUCACUCUGACCUUAAUUCAAACAAAAUAAGCUUCCGAAAAUGCAUAUAUCAAGGGUAGAACACGCAGAAUUAUGAAAAUACCUUGCUAAACUCGGUAAAUCGUCCAUUGGGAUCAGCUAUUCUUUAUUCCCUUUAAAACCUAUCAGCAAAGUGAAAUCCAGAGUUAUAGGCUGAACGUAUAAAUUGCAUUGCCAUUUCUUGACAUCUUUGACUCUGCCAAGUUCUAAUCGCAACCUUCUUGAAAAAUACAAGACCUUUGAAGCAUUUCCUCCCUACCUAGACGAUCUUCUUAGCGACAAAUUAACUCUUAUUGACAAUGCAAUUCGAGGUAUUGAGCUCUUCUUAGAACAACCCUGAGAUGACGAUUUCUUUUCACCGGAGGUAGUCGCAGAAUUCGCAGCUUAAUCCACCCCACUCACAACAUCAGGCCCUUAAAACUUAGCGCUAAGUUACUAAAACCUAUCUUCUAAUCCCUAAAGGACCUAUAAGAUCCCAGUACCACCCGAUCAGUUGCUAAACUCUGAGUUUCAA